GUGUGAUUCUCUGAUAUAUGAUUGCAGAUUCGAUCGAAUCUUAGGCGGUCGUGGUUGGGAAGGGGAAAUUAGGGUUUUCUUCUGUUCGAAAUCGAUCUGAGGAGAGGAGGAGAGGAGGAGAGAAGGAGAAUGUUUGGACGGGGGCCGAAGAAAAGCGAUAACACGAGGUACUAUGAGAUUCUCGGCGUGUCGAAGAACGCCUCGCAGGAGGACCUGAAAAAGGCUUAUCGCAGGGCGGCCAUCAAGGACCAUCCUGAUAAGGGAGGCGAUCCGGAGAAGUUUAAAGAGUUGGCCCAAGCUUAUGAGGUCCUGAGUGAUCCUGAGAAGAGGGAUAUAUAUGAUCAGUAUGGUGAAGAUGCUCUCAAGGAAGGAAUGGGAGGAGCUGCCAAUGAUCCGUUUGAUAUUUUCCAGUCUUUCUUUGGUGGAAGUCCAUUUGGAGGUGGUGGGAUCAGCCGUGGACGCAGGCAAAGGAGAGGAGAGGAUGUUAUUCACCCAAUGAAAGUCUCCCUGGAAGAAUUGUACAAUGGAACCUCCAAGAAGCUCUCUCUUUCUCGGAAAGUACUUUGUUCCAAAUGCAAAGGGAAGGGAUCUAAAUCUGGUGCGUCAAUGAGAUGCCCUGGCUGUCAGGGUUCAGGCAUGAAGGUCUCUAUUCGCCAUCUCGGGCCAUCUAUGAUUCAACAAAUGCAGCACCCCUGCAACGAGUGCAAAGGCACUGGCGAGACCAUCGGUGAGAAAGACCGCUGCCCACAAUGCAAUGGCGAGAAAGUCGUCCAGGAUAAGAAGGUUCUUGACGUUCUUGUUGAGAAGGGCAUGCAAAAUGGGCAAAAGAUCACCUUCGCCGGAGAGGCUGAUGAAGCUCCUGAUUGUGUCACUGGCGACAUCGUCUUUGUCCUACAACAAAAAGACCACUCCAAGUUCAAAAGAAAGGGCGAUGAUCUCUUUGUUGAGCACACUCUCUCCCUAACCGAAGCCCUUUGUGGCUUCCAGUUCGUGUUAACCCAUCUUGACGGUCGGCAACUGCUUAUUAAAUCAAAUCCCGGAGAAGUUGUGAAGCCUGAUCAAUUCAAGGCGAUCAAUGAUGAGGGAAUGCCAAUGUACCAGAAGUCAUUCUUGCGAGGCAAACUCUACAUCCACUUCAAUGUAGAUCUCCCAGAUUCAUUGACAGCAGAGCAGUGCAAAGCUCUUGAGGGCAUCCUUCCCUUGGGGAUCCCGUCGCAGCUGACCGACAUGGAGCUUGAUGAGUGCGAAGAGACGACCUUGUACGACGUGAACAUUGACGAGGAGAUGAAGAGGAAGCAAGCUCAACAAGCUCAGGAGGCCUACGAGGAAGAUGAGGAAAUGCACGGUGGCGCUCAGAGAGUGCAAUGUGCUCAGCAAUAGAGAUUAGUGAAGAGGUGGCCACCUUGGGAAGCCCUGACACCAUUUUUACUAUUGUUAUAUUAUAGAUGUUAACUUACCCCGCUUUGUAACCCUUAGUAGUAGUAGUCUAUAGUUCUACUGUGUUUUAGUUAUUUGCCUGUCAUUUUUGGUUUGGCCACUGUCAUGUGGUGGCUGGAGGUAUAUUGCCCAACUCUUCGUGUUUCUUAUUUUGCUUGAUAGUUACAAGUUUUCUUUUUUCUA